UCUUGCUGUCAGUGAAUGAGACCAUCCGAUAGUGACAUAAAGAUGCCAAAAACCUGCCCUGGUCUGAUACAUUCUGCUGCUCAUUGUGUAGGGAGCAUACAACUAACAAACCCAGAUGCAGACAAAAAUGUUCUCAUUCAGUGACAGCAAGCGGAGAUGUGAUUAUGCUUGCUUACAGGGUAAAUCAAUAAGAACUUUAAGGAGACCCCUUUAAGACUGCACCGUCCCUUUAAUCAGACCCAUGCCCAUUGUGUGGGAUCAGAUACCGGAGCGGACGCCGCUUAUCUCCAUCAGUGAUCAGCAGUGACGUGCGGCUCAUCUCUGUACAUGGGGGGGGGGGGGGAUAUAUAAGGGGCCGGAGCCGGAGCCGACACCACAGCCGCCUGCACCCCGCCAUGGAGACAGGGAGACCCCCGAACCGCUGCGCCCUCCUGCUCCUCCUCUACCUGAGUGCACUCAUCCUGCCGGGCAGAGGCGAGGACCCCCGACUGCAGAUCUACCAGGAGGAGCCCCCCCUGCAGAGCAACAGCCUGGCUGUGGCUCUUGGGGAGAUGCUGGAGUAUAAUGAUCCGGACGGCGGCGUGGCGCUGGAGAAGAAGGCCGUCCAGGUGCCCCGGGUGAGGAUGUGUAGUUGUAGACUGCAGUGUAUGAUGCAGGCUCCUCUCGGCCACAGAGCUGACGCUCUCUUCUCUGUACAGUGUGACGUGGGGGAGCGCUGCGCUCUGAAGCAUGGACCCCGGAUCGGGAAGCUGUGCGACUGCCUGCGCGGAGCCUCCUGCAACUCCUUCAUGCUGCGCUGCUACUAGACUAAGGCCUAUCACCUAGAUGACAUCAUAGAGGGGGCCCCGUUAGCCCUGGGGGGCCCGGUGCACUGGAUUGUGUGACUGUGCUCCUCGUCCUGUA